UCACUGACACGCUCACUAUUACGUCGGACAAUGCUGCGGGUCAGGUGUCUGAGAGGAGGUAGCAGGGGGGCCGAGGCUGCCCAUCUGAUCGGAGCCAUGCUCGGCCGGGCAGUGACUGGAUGGGUGCAGAGGGCCUUCCAGAGCACUUCCAGUGCAGCAGCUGCACAGCCGCACCUUGCAGCAGCUGAACACGUUACUGAGCCUGCGCUGCAGGAAUGUCCUGUCUGCAGCUACAAUGAAUGGGACCCCCUUGAGGAGGUGAUUGUGGGUCGUGCCGAAAACGCCCAUGUGCCUCCCUUCACUGUGGAAGUGAAAGCUAACACAUAUGAGAAGUACUGGCCCUUCUACCAGCAGUAUGGGGGCCAGUCUUUUCCUGCGGACCACUUGAAAAAAGCUGUUGCUGAAAUUGAGGAAAUGUGCAAUAUUCUGCGUCACGAAGGUGUCACUGUCAGAAGACCAGAGCCCAUCGACUGGUCCCUGGAAUACAAAACUCCAGACUUCACAUCAUCAGGCAUGUACGCUGCCAUGCCCAGAGACAUCCUCAUGGUUGUGGGGAAUGAGAUUAUCGAGGCUCCUAUGGCCUGGAGAGCUCGCUUCUUUGAGUACCGAGCCUACAGACCUUUGAUCAAGGAGUACUUCAGAAACGGUGCUAAAUGGACCACUGCUCCCAAACCCACUAUGGCUGAUGAGCUGUAUGAUCAGGACUAUCCCAUCCGCACAGUGGAGGACAGACACAAGCUGGCUGCUGAGGGGAAGUUCGUGACCACAGAGCACGAGCCCUGCUUUGAUGCUGCGGACUUCAUCCGAGCUGGGAGGGACCUUGUCCAGAGGAGUCAGGUUACAAAUUACAUGGGUAUUGAGUGGAUGCGCCGCCAUUUGGCUCCGGACUACAAGAUCCACAUCAUUUCAUUCAAGGAUCCAAACCCCAUGCACAUUGAUGCCACUUUCAACAUCAUCGGGCCAGGACUGGUGCUGUCAAACCCUGAUCGUCCAUGUCGCCAGAUUGAAAUGUUCCAGAAGGCCGGCUGGACUAUUGUGAAACCUCCGACACCUCUGAUUCCUGAUGACCACCCACUGUGGAUGUCCUCCAAAUGGCUGUCCAUGAACGUCCUGAUGUUGGGUGAGAAGCGUGUUAUGGUUGACGCCAAUGAAAGCAGCAUUCAGAAAAUGUUUGAGAGCCUCGGUAUCAAGACCAUAAAGGUGAAUAUUCGCCAUGCUAACUCCCUGGGUGGUGGCUUUCACUGCUGGACAACCGAUGUCCGCCGCCGCGGUACCCUGCAGUCCUACUUCCACUAGCCUUGCCAGAAACAGGCAGUUUUUAUUGAGCUUUAAAGAUUAAAGCCUCAGUCCGGAAUAUUAAUUCCACUUUAAUUAUUGAAUCUUUAUCGUCAGUCGAG